AUGUCUUCCAAAUCCGCCUCCCCCCGGGGCCCCAAAGGCCUCACAAAACUGUACCUCCUAGGCUACAACGCUGCCAGCUUAACCCUCUGGGCGACCUGCACCCUCCGCGGCUUCUACCUCCUCGCAACCAACUCCCCCGAGGACAUUCCCGCCAUCUUCAACGACAUCUACUGGCCUCUCCUGACCACGACCCAAACACUGGCCGUCCUGGAGAUCUUCCACAGCCUGCUCGGCAUCGUGCGCGCCCCCGUCACCACGACCGCGAUGCAGGUCGCGAGCCGACUGCUUCUCAUCUGGGGUGUGAUGUUCCUGUUCCACGAACAAGGUGACGGCGCAGGCAUCGUGGGGGCUCCCACGGAGACGGUGAAGGUGGGCGACUAUGCCUUCCUGGGCUGUUUGAGCGCCUGGGGUAUUACCGAGUGUAUUCGGUAUGGGUUCUUUGCCUUGCAGGUUCUGGGCGCGGGUGUGCCCGGGUGGCUGACUUGGCUGAGAUACAACACCUUCUAUGUGCUCUACCCGCUUGGCAUCACCAGUGAGUGCGUCAUGGUUGUGAAGGCGCUGGAGCCGGCUGCCGAGUUUAACCCUCUGUACCGGUGGUUCUUGAUCGUCGUUCUGGGUAUCUAUGUUCCUGGCUCUUACAUCUUGUACACGCAUAUGAUUGCCCAGAGAAAGAAGGUGCUCAAGAAGAGGGCGGAGUAG